GGAGACACCGGAAGCAGCUGUGAUGUUGGAGGAGUACUUCCGGCGCACAGCAGGUCAUGUGGCUCACGUUUUGUUGUGAAGUCCUUGACUGAAAUUUACCUCAAAAUGCGAUAAAAUAUCUUGAAAAUCACAGAUUAUUGAUCCCGUUUUUCUAACCGGAUUCUCUUUGAUCUUCUGACGGAGGAGCCGGUUUGAUCCGGAUCAUCUGAGCUGGUAAAUAAAGAGUUAAACACCAGGAAUGUCCUGGCUGUGGAGUGUCCGACCCGUCCUGACGUCACUGUUAACAGCGUCCCAGCAUGCCUCAGCGUGGUCGCGUCCCGUCGUCUCCAGGACGAUGGCGACCCUGAACCAGAUGCACCGCCAGGGGAAACCCAAAGUUCCUCCCAAAGGGGUCAGCGCCACGUUCGGCCGCCCGCAGCUGAAGGCCGUCGUCCUGAAGACCAUGAUCCGCAAACCCAAGAAGCCCAACUCGGCCAACAGGAAGUGCGCCCGCGUGCGUCUGUCCAACGGGAAGGAGGCGGUGGCGUUCAUCCCCGGAGAGGGACACAACCUGCAGGAGCACAACGUGGUGCUGGUGGAGGGGGGCCGCACCCAGGACCUGCCCGGGGUCAAACUCAAGGUGGUCCGCGGAAAAUAUGACUGUGCUCACGUGGUGAAGAAGAAACAGUAG